UCCAGCGAGCACGUAUACCGGCGCCAAUUUGCCGAUCCUUUGUUUUAAGCCGCACCGGUCCCUUCAAGGCUCCCCACUGUGGCACCGGUUGCAUGGUCGGUCUUGCCGUAUUGUGUCGAACAGGUUUCCCCCUUCCCGUGUUCGCUUUUCUUUCUCAAUGCGUACCUACCGCGCUAGGCUAUUUCACAGUGGUUAGGCUUAGCGGUUUUGGCGCCAAAGGUCUGCGUUUGCGCUCACCGGUGUGCCCGGCUUUUUUGCCAGCGUGUUUAGUCGCUGAACAAGCAGAAGUUGUUGCCGAGGAGGUGAAGGUUGCUGACACUCCUGUCGAGGAGAAAGAUGCCAAAGAGGAAGUGAAGGCAGACAAGGACACCAAGGAGGAAGCAGUUGAAAAGACGGAAGAGUCUGCACCUGCGAAGGAAGAAGCAGAAAAGACGGAAGAUGCUGCUCCAAAGGCAAAUGGAGCCACAGACGGCGAGAAGGAAGAGGCUGCCACGGAUAACAGCACCACAGAGAAGCACAAGUUGGAGGAGGACUCCAGCGAGGCCACUCCCGAGAAAAAGGCCAAGGUUGAGGAGAAGAAAGAGGAAGAACCCUCAGCCAAAGAGGUAGAGGCUACGGCAUGAGAAGUUGUGCCCCUCAUUGUAAAUGCACUCUUCUGCGCCACACACAAAAAAAAGAAUGACUAUCCUCAUCUGGUUUUAAGUUAUGUUGGGACUUUGAUGUACAAAAAUGAUGUGCGUUUCUUCUUCCAGCUCUGUAUUGUUUCCACGUACGAUAUCCCAUUUGUGGUGAAUGCCGUUAGCUAGAGUUGUACAGUUUGUCAUCCAAUAAAUUUCCCUCCAAACGUU